AUGUCGCAGUACAUCCCCCAGAUUUCCUCUCAGUCUCUCCAAGACAAGGUGGUUCUGAUUACCGGUGGUGCGAACGGAAUUGGAGCCAGCCUCGUCCAGCAGUGUCUGGAGAGUGGCGCCAACGUCUGUUUUGGUGACCUGGAUAAUAUCGCUGGCGAGCGUUUACUUCUUCCCGCCAACGAGGCAGGGCAGUCACCACGUCUCGUUUUCCAUCCAACCGAUGUCACCAACUACCAAUCGGUUCUGGCUCUUUUUGACAACGCCUUCAAAACCUACAAUCGUAUCGAUCAUGCCGUCUCUGCUGCAGGAAUAGUGGAGAUCGGCAACUGGUUUGAUUUUGGGUUGACCCUACAGACCGUCCGCGAGACACCAACCCACAAAGUCCUGGAUGUCAAUCUCCUCGGCUCGAUGUACGUCUCCCGCAUCGCCUCCGUCUAUUUGCGUCACAACCGCGGACCCAGCGUCGACCGCUCUAUUAUUCUUUUCUCUUGCGCUUCGGGAUUCAAAGAAAGCCCAUCUCUCUUUGUCUACCAGGCAUCCAAACACGGUGUAAUUGGCCUUAUGCGCUCCCUACGCAAUUAUGUAUCUUCCCCAUACAAGCACAAUCUCCGCAUCAACGCCAUCUGCCCCUGGAUGACCGAGACGGAGGCUAUUCGAAAGAUCGAAAACCAGUGGAAGCAAGCUGAUCUUCCCACAAAUACACCUGGUGAGGUGUCCACUGUUGCAGCUAGUAUGCUGACCGAUUCAUCGCUCAACGGAACUUCUAUGUUCGUCGAAGGCGGACGUGCCUGGGAGAUCGAGGGAAAUAUUGACAGACUCGAGGCUGAAUGGCUUGGUGAACAGUCGUCUAAGAGCCUUGCAGCUGGUCAGGAGCUCCUAGACGAUGGGGCGAUCUGGACCGCCCGUCCGCGCAAGAAGAGCAGCAUCUCCAACGGUAUCCCGCCUGGUGUUCCACUCGAGAAAAUCAACGGGCUCCAGGAAAGCGUCCAAAAGAUGCAGAUAAACGGUGUGACUAACGGAGUUCACAAUGGUGUUGCCAAUGGUGUGCACUAG